GAUCAAGCAGGGGAAGAUACUCUGAAAUCAUCUGUUUCAAACAGGGGAAACAACGCACGUCUGUUGCACCUCUACUUUCUUGGAGAUCGACGGUUGAAUUUGAUCUGUGAUUUCUUUAGAAUAGAGAGAUUUGACUUCAUCAUAGUGGAUUUUUUAAUCUUGGGGAAAUGGCAGGUGCAAGCUUUAGACUUGGUUGUCAGACUGCUUUGGGGCUGAAAGUUGUUCAUGGCUUAACACCAGAUUCCACUGUAGCUGAUCUUUUGAGUGAAGUGUCUCAUGCAACAACAAUCCCAGUUAACCACCUCCGGAUAAAAUACGGAUUUCCACCACGUCCUCUUGACACCACAAAUGUUCUUCGCACCUUGUCGGAUUUACAGGUACGCUCUGGUGAUAAGCUGACGGUGGAAGAUGUGUUAGGGGGUGCAAGGGAAACCCCUCCCCAGGCCCAGUCUUUGGACAAGACUCAUGUCACUGAUGGCAUUUUGCAACAGCAGCUUACAUCCAGCAGAACCCAGGGCAUGCUUCAGCGACGAGUGGUGCCUGCAGAUAAUUCUUGCCUUUUUACAGCUAUCAAUGCACUUAUGACAGAUGGCACAGUUGAUGCCAGUAGUGCUAGUGCACUCAGACAAGUUAUCGCAGAUGUGGUUGCUAGUGAUGAUGUUAGAUUUUGCGAGGCAUUUCUGGGUCGUCCAAACAAACAGUAUGUUCAGUGGAUCUUGAACAGUGAUGCUUGGGGUGGAGGCAUUGAGCUGGCUAUAUUGGCUGAUCAUUACAAGACUGAAAUUGCUGUUGUUGAUUGCCAGUCUGCUCGCAUUGACAGGUUUGGGGAGGAUAAGAACUACCCACAACGCAUCUUCCUCCUGUAUGACGGAGUUCAUUAUGAUAUUUUACUACUAGAAUCAGCUGAUGGAAGUGGAACAGUUUUGCAAACUAUUUUUUCAACAAGUGAUGACAACAUCUUGUUGCAAGCCAUGGAUAUUGCAAGAGAAGCACAGUCUACUGGACAGUUUACAAACACUGCCGAAUUUUCCCUUCACUGUCUGGUCUGUCGAGUACUGUUAAAAGGACAAAAAGAGGCACAGCAGCAUGCAGCUGAAAGUGGUCACAGCCAUUUUGGGGAGCACAAGGCAAAUAUCUAAAAGUACUCCAGCUUUAUUGUGCACUUUGGGAAGAAAACUAUUAAUGACUGAAAUAUUUUUAUCAAUAUAAAAUGACAGUAUAGCAUCAACUGCACUUUCCUGUUAUGUAAGAAAGAAGUUAUAUUUAUUUAUAGUUGAAGAUUUGUGAAACAAUAAGGAUGCUUCGAGCACUAGUACUAGUAAUAGUAGUAUAAAGUAGUGAUAGCUGGUAGAACACAUGUAGGCUUGAAGCUAGAAGACAUGACAUAUUGUCCAUGAGGCAAAACAUAACUUGGUUCCUCUCCCAAGAUCCUGACACCUUCAGCAACUUUGCCACCAAACUGCACCUGGUCAGAUUUGUUUUAGAUAAAACUACGAGUGCUAUGGACUACAAGUAAAACUACACUGUAAAGAACCCCCAGUGUACUUGUGAUAAUAAUAAUAAUUAGUAACUUUUGUAGACUGAUCAUACUAUCACAAAAACAGGAAGAGAAGGAGUGUUUAGAUAUAUAUACAAUUUUUUUUUGUUUUGGUCAACAAAUGUCAUUUUCAAACUGUUCCCCUAAAAAGUGUAUUCCUGCUUCUCCAGUGUCAGCUUGACUGCAAUAUUUACAAGACUAAGGAUGGUAAAUAUAUAUUUGUGAGAUAUUUUAGAUAGAUCAAUUGAAAAGAAACCAGCUUGUGACCAAGUUUUAUUUAUUUAUUGAUUCCCUUUCUCUUUCUUUUCUCAGAAUAUUUUUAGUUGAAAUUUCUUGCAUAAAUGACGAAUGCAGUGCACAAGCUUAGAAAAUUGACAAUCCUGUGUUAAAGUGAAAAGAUAAGGGGAAAAAAGCAAACUUGAAUUUUUAUGCUCAAAGAAUUGGGUUCGGGGCUGCUGCUUGAAAUGAAAAUGUAAACUAUGUUACAACUGUGGUAAUUUGUUUAUCACUUACUCCAAAGUUCCAAAUCUUUACUGAUAUGUUUUAAGCUGCUUUUUUAAGGAAUAUGAAGUGUGAUUAAUUAUUUGAAAUACUCCGUCCGAUUUUCGGUGUCCAUUUUUUUACCACUUUUUGUUGCCUUUUUAAAAGUUAGAUUAGUUUUUUUUUUAUGUACUCAUAGCUCUUACCAUCCCAUUGAUGUGUGCUGGUGAAGUCUUUUCUUCUGGAUAAGGACAUUUAAAUUCUAGGUGUUGUAAGUUGCAUAUAAGAAACUUGUUCCUGUCCCCGUCCUCUCCUCAAAUGCAUUUAUCAAUAGAUUUCCUGCCUUUUGAUAAUCAUACAAACAGCUUAUGCUGGCCUAAUGGUCUUGUUUGUUCAUAUCAUUUUCAUGUUUUUUUUUUUAUUUUAUCAUUGUUAGAAUGUUAAUACAGAAUCAUGCCCUCUAUGAAAUAGACUUGUACUGUUGUUGUACCUAAAAUAAAAUCACACUUUGCUUCAUGUCAUGAUUAGAACACAUGCAGACAUUUUCCUAAAUUGCCAUUUUUAUUUUUGGCAUACACUCUUUUGCUAUGGUUUACAAAGAAUUCCAAAGAGUUAAGGAAAUGUGUGUGCUAGAGAUUUUAUUACAAUGAUCUAGAUGCCGAAUAUGUCAGAAAGUUUCAUUUACCUGAGUAUGUAUGUUUCUUAAAAAUAUAUCAUUGACAGUUAAGCAUUGUGCUGUUAGCAUGUGUGUUAGGGUUAGGAUAUGUGCAUGUGGGAGGGAAUGUUGUGUGCAGGUGCAUGUGACAAUGAAGGAACAAGGAUAUGUGAAAGUGAUGAAACAUGAUUCAUACUCAACUUGUUAGAGUUAUAUGUAAGCAAAAUGUGAAUAUAUUACAAUGUUAAAAUACAAUGUUGAAAUGUAAAUUUCAGCCACUUAUGUCACUUACUGUGCCUUGAUUUUCUUAUUUGAAUCAGUUUUUUUAGAGAACUGUCUCACCAAAAUUAUUGAUACUGUAGUGUUUUGCAAGAUAACUCAUGCAUGUGGUGUCAACAUCUGUUUAGUUUCACACUUUUUAAUUGCCUUUCUUUACAUAGAGGUAUGGCAUCAAACCAGUAUUACUAUUCGACCUUUUAUUAUAAAUUUUAAAAAAUACAUUAAUACAAAGAUAAUUUUGAAAUAAAUCUUCAGUCUAUUA